AUGCAAAUGCACGAGCAUAUGCACAAGAUCCUGAACAGCCCUAGUGAGUUUCAUCAACAUAUACAAUUCAUAUUUAGUAGUUGUAAUAUGGUAAGCCAUAGUUCAUGGAUGUACGUUAGUAAAGAUGCCAUAUGUAUGUUUACCAUAAACUUUUAUGAAAUAGGCCCUCGGAAUACAACCCUGUUGCCUUCGAACAUCGAAUUUUGAUAAAGAGCAGAGGAGAAGAAAUGUUCAUCUAUUUCAUUUCUUUUCGAACGCGAUACGAAACAAAAGUGUGCGAAAGUUUAAAUUCUGAAUAAUUAAUAAUAAAAAUAGUUGUUACUAUAUGUUUUCUUUUUAAUUUGGAAAAAUGUAUAAAUUCUCUAAGCAUUUUUUAAAAGCACAAAAUGAAAUCAUCAACGCUAAGUGAAAUUUGAGUGUAAAAUUUUCCUAAUCGAUUUUCUGUUGGCUGCUGCAAUUGGAUUUUUUACUAGAGUUUUAUCUGAGUCACGGUGAAAGAGAAACAAAUAAACGAGAUAUAAAAGGAAGAACAAGAAGGUUAUAAACAAAUUUUGAAUUGGAUUAAAUUACUGUAAAUAACACGAUUCCGGUUUAAUACAAGGCUGAUUUGAAUUUUCUUCAACAUGGAAGUGAUACAACCCACCGCAAAAUUAAUGCAAGGUUUGCAAUUCGCCGCCAGUAAACACCGCAUGCAACGUCGCAAGGAUAAUGAGACUCCCUACAUCAAUCAUCCCAUCAAUGUGGCUACCAUACUGGCCGUAGAAGGUGGCAUUUCCGAUGAAACUGUACUCAUUGCAGCACUUUUACACGAUACGGUGGAGGAUACCGAUACCACAUUUGAGGAAAUUGAGACACAAUUUGGUGCCGGCAUUUGUAGCAUUGUGCGAGAGGUCACCGAUGAUAAGUCAUUGGAGAAACAGGAACGCAAGCGUUUGCAAAUCGAACAUGCGGCAACGUCAAGCAGCAAGGCGAAAUUGGUGAAGCUUGCAGAUAAAUUGGAUAAUUUGAGAGAUUUGGGCAAGAAGCCGCCUAUCGGUUGGUCGGUGGAGCGCCAAGAGCAAUAUUAUGUUUGGGCCAAGAAAGUAGUGGAUAAUAUGCGUGGCACGAAUGCUGAGUUGGAGCAAAAAUUGGAUGAUAUUUUUAGGCAGAAAAAUUUACUUUAAAGUUAAUUUCUUGUUGGAAAUAAAAAAUGCUGCAUUAAAUAAAA